UGGAGUCAGCAGCAGCAGCUCCAGCAGCUCCAGCCUCACUCAGUCCGUGAGCUCAGCACUUUGAUUUUCUAGCCUCCAGCCUCACCCGGCUGUCGGACAAGCCUCGAUCCAAGAAAAGUGGAAUGAAAACAGACGACAUCUAGGAAUAAUUUCACACAUUUUAUCGCUCUACACCGAGAGAAAAGAUCCCAGAAACGGCAGCAUGGGGGUGUACGAAGAGAAAAAGGAAACAUGUGGAACUAUCUGCCUGAAAUACCUCCUGUUUACUUUCAACUUUCUCUUUUGGUUGGCAGGGGGCGUUGUGAUGGCGGUGGGUGUUUGGACCUUGGUUGAGAAGAGCGACUACAUCAGCCUUCUCUCCUCCAAGACCUACGCUGCCUCCGCCUACAUACUGGUCCUGGCUGGAGCCAUCGUCAUGGUAACAGGCGUGCUGGGCUGCUGUGCCACCUUCAAGGAGCAGAGGAGGCUACUGCGAGUGUACUUUGUCCUGCUGCUGUGCAUCUUCCUGUUGGAGAUCCUGGCUGGCGUUCUGGCUUAUAUCUACUACCAGCAGUUGAAUGAGGAGCUGAAGCAGAAUCUGAGGGAGACCAUGACCCAGAAGUAUCAGCAGAGCAGCCACGAGCAAAUCACCAGGGCUGUGGACAAGCUGCAGCAGGAGUUCAAGUGCUGUGGCAGCAACAGUUCAUCGGACUGGGCUGAGAGCGUCUGGAUUCGCUCCAGAGACGCAAACGGCAGAACGGUGCCUGACAGCUGCUGUAAGACUCCCACUGAGCUCUGCGGCCGCAGGGACCACCCAUCCAACAUCUACAAGGUGGAGGGCGGCUGCAUCACCAAACUGGAAAAAUUCAUCCUGGACCAUCUGAAGAUCAUUGGAGCAGUGGGUGUUGGGAUUGCCUGUGUACAGAUCAUAGGGAUGGUGUUUACAUGCUGCCUAUAUCGAAGUCUGAAGGCAGAGCCAUACUAAGAGAAGCAGAAGAAGAAAAAUGUGUGGGUGAAGGAGGUAACUUCAUCACCACUUGCCAUUCUCAAAUAGCCCAUAGGUUCUUUUCUUUGUGCCCCGCACAUAGGGGAAGGAAAAUUUGGCAAGGGAUCAAAUUACACAUCUGAGGAUCUCAUUUUGGUAAACAAAGGGUGGAAAAACACCACCAGGUAUCUUGAAGUAAUUAGGCACUCAAAUUGCAGUCUCAGCUACAUCUUCAAGAUCACAGCACUGUGAGAAAAAAAAGCCUCUGAGAGAAACUGAUGGGAAUUUUAGCACAGAUUGUGUAAAUUAGUGUAGGACGGCCUCCUUGGGACUAAAGCAUUGUAGUAUUCUUCCACUCGGAUUCCCUCGAAGUACAUUUAUGUUUGUCGGCCAGGUGCCGCACCCGAGAGUGGCGUAAAGAUCAGCGGAGUAAAACCGGCACUUUGCAGAAAAUGUUAAUCCUGGUCGCAGCAGCUUCUCUUCCCCAGCAGCACGGUUUAACAAGCCUACCUCUGGGGCCCCAUGCAACUGCAGCAGCAUUUUGUUACCACGCUCUCUAGCCAGCCAUGCAUUUAAAAUAUUUGUUCAGUUGUGGCCUUUUUAAACUUUUGAACUGUUAGGUUUUAUGUUGUGUAAAUGAUUAUUUUCUGUAACAUUUGAGGGGCUUUCCUUUGAGCUGCGAAGCUUUGUUGCCUAAUGUGUCUUUGUAGUGACACGUUGCUGUUUUGAUCAUGUUUUUAAUCAUCUCUGCCACCUUAAAGAGCUGCUGAGGAGAAGGACACAAAAUCUAUCACGAGUGAAGGUGCUUGUGCCUUGCUCAACAGCAUAACUAUUUUGUUUGACACAGCGACGCCAGCAUUUUAACCCUGUGUGUACUCUAAGGUGUAAAGGUUGAUGUUAAUGAAGAGAUUUGUGUUAAGAAUAUAUUCAAGCAGUGCCACUAAUUCUCAUAAGAAAGUGCCUCAUGUUUUUUUUUUUUCUACAAGGGAUUUAUCCACUGAUACCAAAGUUGUCAAGCGUAACUUUGUGUAAGGACCUGCUGUAUCUCUUCAGCCUUUCUCACUUAUCUACUGAUGUCACUCUUUUUAGAUUGUUUUCCUAAAUGAAGAUUUUGUUUACUUUUCUAUAGACCAUAAGUAUAUUAUUGUAUUUAACAGACACAUGGUAGGAAAUGAUAUUCACUCACUGUUAGCAAUGAUUUUUUUCCUAUGUGCCUCAGAGACCACACUAAAUUAAUCUGCUGUAUUUCUGUCUUUGUGAUAAUCCAGGAAUAAUUUUAGUUCGAAUAAACACUGAUCAACACUUCA